UCCCAGCGAGAGCGGCGGAUUCGGGGAGCCCCGAAAAGUGCGUGCUGUCGUGCCGGGGCAGCUAAAAGGCUUGGGGGGGACUUUCACUCCGCUGAAGCAAAGCUGACAUAUGGCCGGGCAGGAGCCGGCUGGCCCCGCUGCCCGGCCCUUUUCAGGGGUUGGUGUUAGGGCUGGGGAUUAGCCUGUCUUUUCCCGGAGCAAUAGCGCGCAUGGGUCUUCCUUGGGAGCACCGCCAGCACGGAGAGACAGAGGCGUCUGGGGGGGGAUUUUGUGACUUACGUGGUUUAUCUUUUGGAAGCGACGGCAAAAAUGUAUAUUUAUUAGGAUUUUCUUCGGGGUGGAUGAACACUUGAAGAAAAAAUCCUUUUGCGGUGCCACUUCUGCUUUAACUCACAUCAGGAUCUGGAAAAAUAAGUUCUUCCUAAGCAUGAAAAUAGGAGUACAGUUACCUGCUGUCAUUUCUUGCAUUUUGUGAAGCGCAGCCGGAGAACCCAGGGCCGCUUUAGUUGGAAAUCUAUGGAGAGGCUUGUGUGCUGUCCAGUGGGCCCCUUGGUGGCUGAUUUACAGCUGUGGGUCAGCUGCUGGUGUAAAAUAAAGCGAAUCUGCCCAUUUUAUCUCCAUCCGGGGGAGGGCUGUCAGCUUCUUCAGCCGAACUUCAGUGCAGCACGCCAGAGCUGUUGCGUGUGGCAGCGUGUGCUCAGACAGAUCCAAGGCUCUCGGGAGCAGGGAAAUCCAGGCUUUUUCAUCUGCUGCCUGGUGCAGUCAUCAGGGUGACUCUCGCUGCCGUCAGUGAGUGCUGGAUUUUGCCAUUCUAGAAUGCACUAUUGCUCAAGCAACGGUGGCAGAGAGCUUGGCUGCCCCGAACACCAGUUUUAUAUUUGUGUCUCUCCAAUGAGUGCACACGUGCAGUGUGUGUGAGCUCAAACAACGCUUUCUGCCUUUUUUAAAUUCUGAUCAUUUUAGGCAUGCAUCUGCACAAGUGAAGGUUCCUGUGUCUUAUGGACUUUUUACAGGGUAUGGAAUUGACAGAGGCACCUCAGUUUGCAUCUAAAGGCACAGGAAGCUUUCACAUGGCAAAACAAGCUGUAAAAAUGAAUUGUGUUUUCAAAUGAUUGCUAUAGAAAUUAGCCAACCGAUUUAGCAGCGUAAAUUGAAAGUAGCCCUUUCUGGCUGAAGUUAAAAUGCAUGCAUUUUACAUAAUAGGAUGGUGUCUUCGGGCUCUGAUUUAACAUAAUGAACCAGUGGUGGUGGUACAGAUGGGAGAAGGAUUAGGAGUUUGUGCUGCUGGACAGGUAUCCAAGAGCAUUCCUUCGGAAUAUUUCCAUUGUUCAGGCAAGUAUUGCAGCAUCCAAUGUAACAGCUCUAGAUAUCCCUCCUCGCGUGACUGAUCCUGCUUCCAUUUAAGUUGGUAGCAGCAACCACCCACUCCUUUUCUGCAGGAACUGGAUUGGACUGCUGAACGAACGAAGCUAGACUUUGUGCAUAUUAAAAACACUGCUUUGAUUUUUGUGUCGAGCUGAUUUCUCUGAAGCUGAUUGGAAACAAACAAAAAGAAACUUGAUAGCCAUAGGUCCCUCAGGUUUUGUCUUAAAGAGCAUUAAAUACAUCUGUAGGUGCUGAUUUAUUAAGAGUUGUAAUUGUGUUCCUUUAUACACCUGCUCUUUUUAAUGGGAAGGAUGAAAUAAAGAGUUUCACAGGGGAAAUAAUAACAUAAAUAUACCAAGUGCUCAAAUUGUUUGCCUGAGAGGCAUCAAGGACUUUGAGAUAAUGUUCUAAUAGCAAGGAAACAUUCAAACUUCAUAUUCAAAAUUUAUUUUUUUAUCUUCCAUGAAGUACAGCAGGUUUUAUGCAAUAUCUAGUUUGAAGGAUUUUGCCAUCAUUCACACAAGCUGCUUUUAGUUUUUCAAUAAAUAUUUCAUUGGGAAAACAUUUUUUUUUUUUUUUUUAAGGAACUCUGAUUUUUUUCGCACUGAUGUAAAGCACUCCUGGCACAGUUCAUCUCUGGCAGUGCUAACACUAGACAGAUAUAUGUUGGGGAAAGGAGGAAAGCGGAAGUUUGACGAGCAUGAAGAUGGGUUGGAAGGCAAAGUGGUGUCUCCCACUGACGGUCCCUCUAAGGUGUCUUACACCUUACAGCGUCAGACUAUCUUCAACAUUUCCCUUAUGAAACUUUAUAACCACAGGCCAUUAACCGAGCCAAGCUUGCAAAAGACAGUUUUAAUUAACAACAUGUUGAGGCGAAUCCAGGAAGAACUCAAACAAGAAGGCAGCUUGAGGCCCAUGUUUGUGGCCGCUUCGCAGCCUGCCGACCCUCUCAGCGACAACUUCCGCGAGGCGCAGCCGGCCUUCAGCCACCUGGCCUCGCCGCCCCUGCUCCCCCCCGACCUGGUAAGCACUAUGCCCCUGGAGUCCUGCCUCACCCCCGCCUCUUUGCUCGAGGACGACACGUUUUGCACUUCCCCGGCUGUCCAGCACGACGGUCCGACGAAGCCAACACCUCCUGCUCUCCAGCCAGUAAAGGACAGCUUCUCCUCAGCCUUGGACGAAAUCGAGGAGCUUUGUCCAGCACCUACCUCCGCAGAGGCAGUAGCAGCUGAAUCGGCAGCCGGCGACCCUAAAGCCCAGCCCGGCGAGUCCAACAUCAUCCACAAGCCCGAGGGCCUCCCGGAGAGCAGAACGGCUGAAUCCAAACUCAUGGAGCCCCUGCCUGGCAACUUUGAGAUAACAGCUUCCACAGGUUUCCUCACAGACUUGACCCUGGAUGACAUUCUGUUCGCUGACAUUGAUACGUCCAUGUAUGAUUUUGACCCCUGCACGUCUGCCACGGGGGCUGCCUCAAAAAUGGCUCCUGUCUCAGCAGAUGAGCUCCUAAAAACUCUCGCUCCGUACAGCAGUCAACCAGUAACUCCAAAUCAGCCUUUCAAAAUGGAUCUCACAGAACUGGAUCACAUCAUGGAGGUGCUUGUUGGGUCUUAAAAAUAUUAGAAAUAUAGCAACUUUUGUUUUGUCUUUUUUCUUUUUCUUUUUUUUUUUUUUAAUUUUAAUUUUAAGUACCAGUAUAUACACUUGGUAGUAUUUCCAUAGUUCCUCCCAGCCCCGAUUCACAGCACUGUGCAUGCAUCCUUGCUUGCCUUUUUUGAUAAGAAAAGGAUCACACUAGUUUUUGCUUCGAGCAGAGUUGGAGUGCCUUCAUCCAUGUAUGACCACUUCUAAUGUAUUUUUUUUAAAGUGGUUCCUCAAGGAAGACCGAAUAUCCUGGUAUAGGAAAGAAUAUGUAUUGUAGACAAUGUUAUGUUAUUACAAAAAAAAUAAGAAAAAAAUGGGAAAAAAAAGGUAAAAGCUAAGCACAAGGAUUAUGUUGGGGAAAGCUGUAAAUUGCAUGUGCAUACUUGUCUAUUUUUUCUAUAAGUUUUAUUGCAAGAGGUAAAAAAUUUUAUUAUUUAGAUAAUCUCAAUACCAUUUUAGCCCUGUAUAGGUUGACUUUAGCAAUUCAGCCUUUUGGAGGCAUUAACCUGCUCCUCUUUAAGUGUUGCAUUUACAUGGCUGUUUAGAAACUGCUGCCCAAAUUUAUUUUAUAUUUUUGUACAGAUUCUGCAGUUUAUGGUAUUGUUUUUUCUAAAAACAAAUGCUGUUUAUACACACAAAAAAAAUAGCUAUUUUGAUAGGAUUUGCUCACAUAGUUCCUGCAUAAUUCAGAUGUACAAGAACCACUUGUACUUUUAUACAGAGUUGUAAUGUUUUAUAUGUGUAUGGUGCAAAGAGAAAAUUGGAUCAAAUAAGCCUGCAGUUGGUUUCCCUGAAUGCAAACA